GACUAAUUAGGCCAAGCCAAACAGGCUAAGCUCAAUCCCUUCCGCUCACAGCAUUUAUUCAGAAGGGAGCUAUGCUGGUUUGACAUCGGAGACGGACGCCAGGCAAGAGAGAGCGAGCAGUGGCAUACCAGACGAUCAGCACUUACCCAGAAGCGACUGCCCUCGCAGAACCGAAUCUGGAGGCAGCCCCAGGAACCAAGUGUUUCUACGCCAAGCAUGAAAAGACAGCGUACAAAGUGCUUCACUGGCUGCUGGACCUGUCGAUCGCGCCGAAUCAAGUGCGACGAAGCGACCCCCUCGUGCAAGCGUUGUCGUCAGGCGGAUAUCGAAUGCGGAGGCUACGGCCUCCGGUUGAGCUGGGUGCAGUACAAUCCCUACGACGCAGCAGACCCUGAUCAUGACAACGGCAGUCGCGAGACCUCCAAGCAACCGGAGGUCAGAGCUUCCAGGAGGUCUUUGGUGCCGUUUGGUGCUGCUCAGUCUCUUCCUCGCCUUAGUUCGCCUGAGCUGGACAGUGCCUUGACUGCACUCGACGAGUGGCGUCCCGAGGAAUCUUCGCAGUUGGAGAAUGGAGCUUUUUGCGUUUUUGCCGUGCAAUCGUCUGCACCGGGUUCUUCUGAUAUCACCGAGACCGUGAUCGCGCCUGACGACUACGCAUUGCACACGAUUGAGACGCCUCAUCAGGACGACGAUGGCAUCCUGGUCGCCUCAGCUCAGGUCUUUCACAAUAUCCACGACGACUCAACACCUGCUGCCCGGCCUCACUCACCCUUCGAAGAGCAGAGCCGAACUGUUCCACCGCGCCAUCUCGAUGCUCUAUCCAUGCCAUCCAAACAGAAACGACUCAUACACCACUGGAUCACCUUCACAAGCCGCAAGCUAGUCCUGAUCGACGAGCCCCACAACCCAUGCCGCACGAUGAUGCUCCCAAUGGCGCUGAAAGGUCUCGUCUCGCAAUCGGCCAGCUCCAACGCCGACGUCGCCAUCUUCCACGCCCUGUGCGCCUCGGCAGCCUACAACCUCUUCGAGCUGUCCGGCCGCACCAACGAGCAAGACCGCGUCCUCGCGCUGUACCACGACAACGAAGCCGUCCACCACCUGCGCCACAACCUGGCGCGCGCACACCAGCACACCGACCAGUCCUUCGCCAUGGCAAUCAUGGCCUGCAUCGCCGUCGAAGCCGUGUCCGGCACCACCCAGCGCUGGCGCACCCACGUGUCCGGCGGGCUCGCGUACCUGGCGCAGCUGCAAACCCAGGGCCUCCCGGAAGCUGCCUUGUCCGCGUUCCGCCAGCACAUGGUCAAGAUGGCGAUCCUGUGCGGCGUCGCCGUGCCGCCGCACCUGAAGCUCUUCCUGCACGACGCGACGGGCGCGGCUGACGGCCUGGAGUACACGUUCCCGUACUACGGCGUGUCGCGCGCGUUUCUGCGCGCGCAGGACCACGUUAACACGCUGUUGGCGCGCGCGCCGGGGCCGAGUGACACGGAGCUGGGCGACCCGGAGCGCGAGAAGGAGCUCGAUGCGUUUGAGCUGCAGCUGUACCUCGACUUCCCUACUUUACCGCCGCAGAGUCCAGCACCAGGCGCAGGCGCCGCGAACACGGUCGUGAUCCACCACACGUCCAUGGCGUUCUACUACGCGGGCCUGGUGUUCUUCCAGCGGCACGUGCGUAACACGCCUGCGGCAGCAGUGCAGGACCUAGUCGAGCUGGGGCUGCGGGAGCUCGAGUCGAUCGACCGCGUGGGCCAGGGCGCGCUGGGCUGCUUGAUGCUGUGGCCGGUGCUGGUGCUCGGGGCCGAGUGCGAGGGGGCGGAGCUGCAGCAGCGGAUGCGCGCGUGGUUCCUGGCGCAGCGCCCGCUGGGGUUUCGGAACUUGGUGGUGUUGGAGGAUCUUGUUGCGACUGUUUGGAAGGCGGAGAAGGGGACGAGUUGGCGGCAGGUCAUCGAACAGCCUCAAUUUGAUGUUUUCAGGCUGUGAUAUAUCUGUCUCGGGCUGGUAGGUCGGGGAGUGCUCCGCUGACGUAUUGGACCUCCUCCGAUCCUGGGAGCGAGACUUGCGAGCAAGAUGGCCAUGAUGACUCCGGGCUGCAGACUUUGUCCGACGUAAGCAGCGUGUUGGGAGGAGCACACCUACUUGCUGAAGGAGCGCGAGGUGUGAAGUACGCUGUGUGACGUCACGUCCACACCACGAACGACAGCCUCCACAGUCCGGACUCACGACAGCCUCCGCAAUCUGGACUCACGACGUCCGUUGUGUAUACCCACAACGGCCCGUACGAACAAGAGUAGUCCAAUGUGUAUGCACACCACACACCCUCCCGGCGCGCACUAGACCCAAAGCGGGCAACCGAUCCC